AUGGAGAACUGGGCCAGGGAACGCGGCCCAGAAAUCUGUGCCCAGGUAGUCGCCUUGGCAGAGGAUUUCCUCCUGAAGCAACGUGAGACCAAGAGAUGGGAUCCGCAGGUGACGGCCGCAAAUCUGUCCGACACGGAGCAGGCUGCAUCAGACGUCGAACAGGAACGGAGCUUUAAACAGGAGGAAGAUGAGGACACCGUCUCACUGGGUGAUGGCCAGGUGAGUGAAAGUGAGGAGGGCCACCUUCCACUGGAACACUCUGAGCUGGAGAAACUAAAUGGGGCAUCCUUAGGAGAAGACAACUGGGCCAUUUCUCAGUUUGAUGAGAUGGGAGAGACAUCCAGCAAUCACCAGGCGUCGGGCAGGCAUGAGGGAAGCUACCAAAAGAAGAGAAUGGACAUUCCUGUUCCAUCUUACAAGGUGGACAGCUGGGAGCGGAAGGAACCCAGAAUGCGGGCAAGAAUCUACAACUAUGGGGGACUGAAGAUGUGUAUGGACUGUGGGAAAACUUUCAAGCAGAGCUCUAGCCUAUACAGGCACCGGAGGCUCCAUACGGGAGAGAAACCCUACGGCUGUCCAGAGUGUGGCAAAAGCUUCAGCCGGAAGUCUCACCUCAUUGCCCACGAGAGGACUCACACGGGAGAGAAACCCUACGACUGCACAGAAUGUGGUAAAAGCUUCAGCCGGAAGUCUCACCUUACCACGCACGAGAGAAUUCACACAGGAGAGAAGCCAUAUAAAUGUGGGGAGUGUGGGAAAUGUUUCAGUCAGAGUUCAGCCCUUGUGGCGCAUGAGAGAUCCCAUACUGGUGAGAAGCCAUUUAUAUGUCUGGAUUGUGGGAAGAACUUCCAUCGGCGGUCAGGCCUUUCAGCACACGAGAGGACCCACACGGGAGAGAAACCAUAUAGAUGCACCGAGUGUGGAAAGAGUUUUAGUCAAAGCUCAGGACUUCUGGCUCAUGAGAGAACCCACACAGGGGAGAAACCGUAUCGGUGCACAGAGUGUGGGAAAAGCUUCUGUGAACGCACAGCUCUUGUUAGACAUUUGAGAACCCACACAGGGGAGAAACCAUACACAUGCGCAGAGUGUGGAAAGAGCUUCAGUCAGAGCUCAGGCCUUUUGGCACAUGAGCGGACUCACACUGGAGAGAAACCUUACAAAUGCUCAGACUGUGGGAAAAGCUUUGGCCACCGCUCGGACCUUCUCAGGCAUCAGAGAAUCCUGAAAAGAGGAAAGCCGUACAAAUGCUCUGAGUGUGGGAAAUGUUUUGGCCGGGGCUCUGAUCUCCUUCAGCAUCAGCAAAUCCACACGGGGGAGAAACCAUAUAAAUGCACUUAUUGCGGGAAAUGUUUCAGUUGGCGGUCGAACCUUAUUAAGCAUGAGAGAAUCCACACAAGAGUGAAAAAGGGCAACGAUGGCGGGCUGGGGGACUUCCAGGAGGCAGCCAGCGUUAAUUUUGCCGUUGCCAGAAGUAUUGAAGCCCCUACGCCCACACCAGGGAACGACAACAAGGAACUUGUGGCCUCCCUUAAGGGAGUAACUCUGUCUAGUCAGCUCCUGACAGGGGACUGUGUGACACAAUUCCUCAAUAACUACGAAGCACAAGAGGCCUACAACAGCCUGGAUCCUUCUGUGAAAGUGAAGGAAGAGAUUCCAGAGGAGGAGGAGGAGGCGAACACUGUCAGCUCGGAGAUCCGGCGCCAGCGCUUCAGGUGGUUCUGCUACCAGGAGGCCAAGGGACCCCAAGAG